AUGUUUCGUUCACUUGUGAGCUGUUCCGGUGGUCGUUCGUCGGUUCCGAUGCCGCUCGUGCUGCUGCUGCUGCUCGUCUCGACCGGAAAUGCAGCCAAUGUUUAUUCGUCCAGCUCGGGUGAAAAUCGUAGCAAUUCUCCCUCGCAACACUGCACAGAUUUUAAUCCCCAACACGGACUGGACAUCGAGCAGAUUAUGGGCAUCUGGUACGGCAACGAAGUCAUCACACACGAUAGCCGCGAAGAAGGCGAGGUGGUGUACCGGACCUGCGUUGUAAUCCACCUGGCAGACGUGACGAACGCGACAACCUCGAUCUACGACCAACCGCCACAGGUGUACUCGGGCCGCAGCAACCCGGCCGGCACGAACUAUGACCGGUUCGGGACGUCGUACGGGUACGGGUCGAAUGGUGGCCGGAGCGGGGGCAGCUCGUACGAACAGAACCAACAGAACCGCCGCCAGCAGGGCCAUCAGUACCAGCAGCAGGAACCGCGCACCAUGCGUAAUUUGCGCUUGAUUUGGGACGAGUCGGAGCACACGCUCGAGUACACGCUGCGCUACAAUACGUCGAAGCCGGGCUUCUGGAUAGCGGCGUCACCCCAGUCCGGCUCUAUGAUUCAGCUGCAGUACGUCCAGUUCACCGGUACGGUGCAGGUGCUGAAAGCGAUCAACAAUCAGCUGGUGCUCAACUUCUGCCAGAGUUUGCCCGGUGGUCAGCUGUUCACGAUCGUACUGUCACGGCUGCCGAUGGGAUUAGGACCGGAGGAUAUUCAAAGCAUUCGGAACCUGCUGAGACGUCGCGGACUGUCGACGACUUCUGUGCGCAAAGUCUGCCAAAAUGGGGCCUUUCGGAGUGACGUUUCGAUGAUCGCACUGGCGGUAAUGGCCAUCGUAACUGCCCUAGUCAAACGGUUGCACUAA